AUGUUAUACAAGAAUCUUUCUCAACUUACCCCAGGUGCUGGCAAAAACAUCCAAAACUCGUCAAUCCAAGGAUCAAACUAUUCCAAUGUUACAACAACUGGUGAAUCAAAGAUUGCUCGUAGAGGAUGUUGUGGUGGUCGUGGCAAUAAUAUUGAUAUCGAUAUUGAUAUUGAUAUUAAUAUUGGCGGUGGCAACAACUGGUGUUAA